AUGACCACCGUAGCAAUGAACAGCACUCAGCAAGCCAGGCUCCAGGGAGAAGUCCAGACGGAACUCGAGCGUAGGGAGUGGGCAGAGCCAGGAGACAACGUCAUGGCCGAAUAUGUUACUGUUCUUAUCGCGAACGGUAGUAACAGGGACCGAGUCUUGAACGAGAUGGACGAUUUGGUGGGAGCCGACUUUGAUCCGCGUUUCCUGGACUGGCUAUUCGACAAGGCGUCCGAUCUCCAGAGGGUCAACGAGGAGGCGGUUGCGCCCGCUCCUGCUGCCCAUUCUCCGGUAUCCAGCUAUCAAGCUAAUAGCCGGAUACUGUCGACCGCCUUAGCAUCUACCCGCGAGGACACCAACAAGCGCAAGGCGGACGCGGAAACCGAGGUGGCAAACAAAAAGCGGCUACCCGACCAGGCCUUGCCGUCCGGCCCCCGGGCGAUGGUGGAUGGGAGGAAUCUGCAAGAUAGGAUGGGGCCGAAGCGGGGAUCCCCCAUGCAGGUGCGAGGAUUUGCGGGGGGCAGGCCGCAAAUGAACCAAGGUUUCCAACCCCACUUCCGACCGCAGCCGCCCAUGCAGCCGAGCUUCAACUUCUUCCCCCAACAAGAUAUGAUGGCACAGAUGUUGAUGAUGCAAUCCAGCAUGGCGCAAAUGGGGCAAAUGAUGGCGAAAAUGGCCGAGGAGAAGGAACAGACCGCUGUAGCCGGCUACGGUACCCCACAACGACCUGUAGUUGUUCCACACGGUACCAAAUUAGGAUCGCACACGGUUUCGCCAAUAAAGCCAAGCUCUUCGACGACCGGACCGAUCCCCACCAAACCGUCGUCCAAAGCUUUGUGCAAAUACUCGGUUGGCUGUAGCAAUGCUCGCUGCAAGUUCUCGCACCCCAGCCCGGUGGCGGAUGAGAAGACGGGCAUGGUCUUGAGCGACGAGCCGUGCGAGGAUGGCAAGAACUGCAAGGACGCAGAGUGUACAAAGAGCCACGUCAGCCCUGCUGCUGUACUAGGCGGAACGGCUGGACCAGCUCGUCUCUUGUGCAAAUACCAAAAUUGCACCAACCCUGCCUGCCCAUUCCGACAUGAAGAUGCCGAAGGGAACGCCAUUCCUGCACCUGGUCUGUCGGUCAAGGCAAAGCCCAAAUCCGCACCCGCGCCCAGCUCGGACAAUGAAGAUGGGGAUGUAGAGGUCGUCAUGACGUCGAGGGGAUUGAUGGAUGGUGCUUUGGAUGAUAGCAAAUCAGUCACGGCUUGCCGAUAUGGGGAGCGGUGUACGAGACCCGAUUGUAAAUUUACCCAUCCCGCUUCGCGUGCUACACCCAGACCCAGAGGGUCCUACUCUGCUCGGGGAGGUACCCGCCGUCCCGGCACGUUCGGAGAAAGCGUCUCGACAACCGGAAUGAACAAGAGCAAGAAGUUUGGCGAAAAGUUGAACCCGAGCGCGGCGACCUUUGUCCCGCCCAAGGAGACCGAGGCGGAAGUUGCGACUAGUUAG